GCCCGGCUCCUCCCGCCCGGGAGCGGCCGCGGCCGCUCCGCCCGCAGCGCUCGCUGGUUCCGGGGCGGGCCGGGCAUGGCGCUGGCCGGGGACGAGCCCUUCAGCCCCUCGGUGCUGGGCACCAGGGAGCACUGGGAUGCUGCCUACGAAAGAGAACUGCAAACUUUUCAAGACAUUGGAGAUACCGGGGAAAUCUGGUUUGGAGAGGAAAGCAUGGUGCGCAUAAUCAGGUGGCUGGAAAAGCACAAGGUCCCCCUUGACAGCUCUGUGCUUGACAUUGGGACUGGCAAUGGUGUUUUACUGGUUGAAUUGGCAAAGUCUGGCUACAUGAAUCUCACAGGGAUUGAUUAUUCACCUUCUGCAAUACAGCUUUCAGAAAAAGUGAGAGACAAAGAAGGGAUGUCUAACAUUAAAUUAAAGGUAGAAGACUUCCUGGCCCCCUCAGCUGAGCUGUCAGGCUUUGACAUUUGCAUCGACAAGGGGACUUUUGAUGCCGUCAGCCUGGACCCCAGCGACGCGGCGGGGAAGCGAAGGCUGUACGUGGCAUCCCUGGGCAGGGUGCUGAAACCAGAGGGCUUCUUCCUCAUCACCUCUUGCAACUGGACCAAGGAGGAGCUGCUGGACGAGUUCAGAGAAGGAUUUGAAGUUCUGGAGGAGCUGCCAACACCCAAGUUUUGCUUUGGAGGAAGAAUUGGAAACAGUGUUACAGCAUUGGUUUUCCAAAGGAAAAAAGUGAGGCCGUCCAUCUUGGACAAAUUAGAUUAGAUGAGAAAAGUCUGAACUUUAAACCUGACAGAAAACCUCAGACACGUGUGUAAAUAAAUGCUUUUGGAGUGCACAGUAAAAUACUAUGUAUGGAGCUCUGAGGGACUAUAAAACAUUGCCCUAGAAACAUUUCAGCUUUGCAUCAUUUGCCCAUAAAUUGUGUCCUUGCUACAACCUCACUUGUUUCAGGGAAGCUGCGAGUUUGCAAGAGAGAAGAAAAUCAGAUGUGCUAAAUACAGAGACCAAUAUAA